UGUUAUCAGUUAUCACUAUAUAUAAUAAAUAUUUUGUUUUAUCAGUCUAAAAUUCGUGUUAUCUCAUAGAACAGUAAUAAUUACUAAUUAGUAACAUCACAGAAUAUAACAAUUUACCUUUAGCAGUAAAUAGUUGUACCUAUUAUAGAUUUAAACUCAAUGUAUUAUAAACUAUUGUAUAAUUACUAACCACAGUAAUUAAUAAUUGUCAAACGGUGAUGACAGAUGUGCUAGUUUAAUGGCUCUCUUAUUUCACAAAAAGAAUACAUAGAUUAUCACUUUUAAAUAUGAUUUAUAUCUUCAUUUUCAAAUGAAAAUUUAAAAAUAUUACAAUUAUAAUUUCAGUGCACUUUCAACGUUGUAACAUAUGCUAAAUUAAAUAAUAAUCAACUCACUUAUUCAAUACAUUUAAUAAUAAAUAUUUUAAUUUUAAAAAAUGGAUAGUACUGCAUUGGAACGUAAAUUGAAUAGCAAAACUGCAGCUCUCUCAGUAUUAAGUGAAGAAUUAGAGAAAUGUAGAAUAGAACGAGAUCAUUUGAAAAUCAUUUUGGAAAAUAAAAUGUUACAUAAUACAUACAAUAGGAAUUACCAAUUAAAUUACGAUAAACUUGUGAAUCAACUUAGAGAAGAAAAUAAGAUACUGAGAUUGGAAUCUGAGGAUGUACGUCAAAAAUUACAGGAUGCUCAAGGUGACAACCAAGUUUUAAGAACUGGUGGUUUUGUCAAGGAUUGUAUAAAUACAAUAUUAACAAGCUCUGAUAGUAAAGAAGAAUUAGUAAAAAAUUUAGAAAUCAUACAUUCAAAAUACCAGCAGUUAAAGCUUGAUUUUGGUUUAUUACUGGAUGAUAAACAAGAACUAAUCACCGAACGAGAUGGAUUUCGAAGUAAAAUACGACGGUUAAAUUAUCAAUUAGCGGCUUCUUUAAAUGCCAAUAAAAAUCAAUGCGUAUUAGAUAUUGAUAGUUUAUUAUUAGAAAACAAGUAUUUAAAUGAAAGACUGCAGUUAGAGAUCGCCGAAAAGGAAAUGAUAAGGAAAACAAAUUCAUUAUACCAGAGUACAUCAAAAACAAAUGAAGAUUCAUCUUUACUGUCUGCUAAUAAUGCAAUAACCCGUAAAGUAAUAGCUUGCAAACAAAUGCAACAAAUUUUGGAAACUGGGAAUCUUCAAGCUUUGUUUUCAAACAGCACAACACUCGCAGAUUUAAGAAAGUUAUGCCAGACACUAUUUGAAGCAUUGCAAGAUAAAACUAUAGCGCUUAAUCAUCAGAAAAAAACAAAUAAAAUAUUAGCUAAAAGAUUGGAAGACCUGGAAAAAAAGAUGAAAACAAUUAACCAAGGGGAAGCCAUUAUGUCACCUUCGCUGGUUUUAUUGAACGAAUGUUCAAAUACAUCUGAUGAAACUGAUUUUGAAACAAGUUCUAUUGAUGAAUCAAACACUUGUCUAAUUUCUAAAGAAGAUGAUUCCAUUAUUAAAAAUAUUGAUUUCGAUAAGUAUCCUAAUGAAAUGAAUACUCUACCAACAAAUUUGCAGCAACUUGUUACUGAGGCUAUGCAAACAAUAACAUUUGAUUCAUCAACCCCUACCUCUGAUAAAGCUCGUCUCAGUUCCACUUCAGAUUAAACAUAUAAUUUAAUACUCUACACAAUAUAAUGUUACAUUUUUAAGAGAUUUGUUUUAUUUUAAAUUUAAAAUAAGUGUUAUAAAUAAGUGUACAAAGAACCUAGUUUACUACAAUUUGAUUUAAAAUCACCGCUAACUGUAAAAAAUUCUUCUAGCCAUUAGUAUUUUUAAUUUAUAAAUUAUUUAUUAUUUUUAAGCGCCCCGGUGCCAGUUUUUUCAAUUUACCGCAAUUCUAUAAAAUUUGAAAAUUAAAUUUUAUAUUUUAGUUGCCACUUUAAUUAUAAUACUAUCCACUAAUCUACAGCCCAAUACCUAGAGGGGUUGAUAGGGUGUAUUAUACAAACAAAAAAAAUUACUUCACAGGAAUAGAUUUCUGGCUUUUUAGAAUUUUUGGAUUUUGAUAACUAUUUUUUAUCUGAAAGAAGAAGACUUCUUACAGGACGCUUCGAAAUCCAAUCUUUAUUUUAUUUAAAAUAAUGGUAUAAAUAUAAUUUAAAAAAAAAAAGCUUAAAAUUGUAUUAUUUUUGAAGACAUUAUAAAGUUUGAGAUUAAAAUAUUGAAAAACAGAGUUUGAUGCGACCUGUAGAAAUAUUACCCUUUAUUAGUUAAAAAACAAUUUAUCAAAUUCUGUUGAUUCUACAAAUUUUUACAAUUUCUAGGGGGCUAACAUUAUUAACAUCAAUGUGAGAGGCUUUGAUCCCACACAACUAAAAAAGGAGUGGGCUUGACACACCUUUGGUUAAGCCCCUCAAGGACCCCCAAUUUCUGCCAAUGGCAGGCACCUUAAGAAAAAAGUUAAAAUAUCAUUGUCACAUAUUGUAAUGUUAAGUUUAAUAUUAUAUUGUUGUAAAAAUGCAAUAGCAUCAUCAUCAUCAUACAAUUUGUAUAUUUCUGUAACGCUUUUUAUAUAUUAAAAAAAAAAAAUUAUACAUGUAUACACUGACUUUCUUAUUACUUGAUUUACCUACUUAACU